AUUAAAGAGACGAAGUUCUAUAAACAAUGCAGUAUCAAAGAGAGGAAGUUCCGUAAACAAUGCAGUAUCAAAGAGAGGACGUUCUGUAAACAAUGCAGUAUCAAAGAGACGAAGUUCUAUAAACAAUGCAGUAUCAAAGAGACGGAAUUCCGUAAACAAUGCAGUAAUCCCUAUUACAACUAGAAGUAGUCCCGUAAACAAUGCAGCAAACACUGCAUCACAGAUGAGAAAUUCCUUAAACAGUGCAGUAAAUAUUGUAACAGUUACUAGUAGUCCCGUAAACAAUGCAGUAAAGAUUGUACCAUACAGAGGUAGCUCCGUCAACAAGGCAGUAAACAUUGUAUCAGUGAUGGGAAAUUCCGUUAACAGUACAGUAAACCCUAUUACAACUAGAGGUAGUCCCAUAAACAAUGCAGUAAAGAUUGUACCAAAUGGAGGUAGUCCCGUAAACAAUGCAGCAAACACUGCAUCACAGAUGGGAAAUUCCGUAAACCGUACAGUAAACCCUAGUACAACUAGAGGUAGUCCCGUAAACAAUGCAGUAAAGAUUGUACCAAACAGAGGUAAUUCCGUCAACAAGGCAGUAAACAUUGUAUCACAGAUGGGAAAUUCCGUUAACAGUGCAGUAAACCCUAUUACGACUAGAAGUAGUCCCGUAGACAAUGCAGUACAGAUUGUACCAAAUGGAGGUAGUCCUGUAAACUAUGCAGUAAACAUUGUAUCAGAGAUGGAAAAUUUCGUCAACAGUGCAGUAAACCCUACUACAACUAGAAGUAGUCCCGUAAACAAUGCAGUACAUAUUGUACCAAACAGAGGUAAUUCCGCCAACAAGGCAGUAAACAUUGUAUCACAGAUAGGAAAUUCCGUUAAAGGUGCAGUAAACCCUAUUACAACUAAAAGUAGUCACGUAGACAAUACAGUACAGAUUGUACCAAAUAGAGGUAGUCCUGUAAAUUAUACAGUAAACAUUGUAUCAGAGAUGGAAAAUUCCGUCAACAGUGCAGUAAACCCUACUACAACUAGAGGUAGUCCCGUUAACAAUGUAGUAAACAUUGUAUCAGAGAUGGAAAAUUCUGAUAACAGUGCAGUAAACCCUACUACAACUAAAGGUAGUCCCGUAAACAAUGCAGUACAUAUUGUACCAAACAGAGGUAAUUCCGUCAACAAGGCAGUAAACAUUGUAUCAGAGAUGGAAAAUUCCGUCAACAGUGCAGUAAACCCUACUACAACUAGAGGUAGUCCCGUAAACAAUGCAGUACAGAUUGUACCAAAUGGAGGUAGUCCCGUUAACAAUGUAGUAAACAUUGUAUCAGAGAUGGAAAAUUCUGAUAACAGUGCAGUAAACCCUACUACAACUAAAGGUAGUCCCGUAAACAAUGCAGUACAGAUUGUACCAAAUAGAGGUAGUCAUAUAAACUAUGCAGUAAACAUUGUAUCAGAGAUGGAAAAUUCCGAUAACAGUGCAGUAAACCCUAUUACAACUAGAGGUCCCGUAAACAAUGCAGUAGAGAUUGUAACAAACGAAGCAAGUAUCGUAAUUAAUGAUAAUAAUAAUAAUGAUAAGGGAGUGUUGUAUCAGAUAUCUGUAUCGCACAUACCAGAUGUGUCAAAAGCUUUUUCGAAUACUGCCACCGUGAAAAAGACGACAUCACCACGAGGGAGUCCUUUAACGAAUAAUGAUAAUCAAAUUACACAAUCUGGAAAAAAUGAAGAGAACGAUGGUGGUAUCGAUAGGACUGAUCACAUGGAAAAUAGAGUUGAAUUUCUAAGUGAAAGUGCAAAUGCAAGAACAAGUGCAAAUACUGUGCUGAAGAGUACAGAUGGUGGUAUCGAUAGGACUGGUCAAAUGGAAAAUAGAGUUGAAUUUUUAAGUGAAAGUGCAAAUGCAAGAACAAGUGCAAAUGCUGUGCUGAAGAGUACAGAUGGUGGUAUCGAUAGGACUGGUCAAAUGGAAAAUAGAGUUGAAUUUUUAAGUGAAAGUGCAAAUGCAAGAACAAGUAAAAAUGCUGUGCUGAAGAGUACAGAUGGUGAAAAGGAAAAUGAGGAAGAGGUAGGUUUUAGCCCCAUUACAAUGAAACUAUAUCGGCGAAGAAUGACAACUAGACCAAGUAAUUCCGACGAAGACGAUUCAGACGUGAUGCGAUUAAGUCCAAGCACACCAAGAAAACCGACAAGUGCAUUGAAAUUGAAACGUCCCCAGUUAAUUAGCGCAACUAAACCUAAUAAUUCUAAGGCUUCACAGUUAAGCCCAGCUAAACCCAAAGAUCCUACGGCUUCCCAUUUAAGCCCAAGUAAACCAAAUAAUCCGAAGGAUUCACAGUCAAACGCAAUUAAAAAAACACUUCAAAGGAAAAGGUGGUCUGAUUUUGAUUCAGACAGCAGUGAUUGGGAAAAUGAUGACGAUUUAACAUCUGAUCGAAACAGGAAAUCUAAAAGUAAUGAAAUAUUGUCAAGGUUGAAAUUCCCCAACCGUACACCGUUAACUAAACCAAAUAAUCCUAAGGAUUCACAGUUAAACGCAAUUAAAAAUACAGUUCAAAGGAAAAAGUGGUCCGAUUUUGAUUCAGACAGCAGUGAUUGGGAAAGUGAUGACGAUUUAACAUCUGAUCUAAACAGGAAACCUAAAAGUAAUGAAAUAUUGUCAAGGUUGAAAUUCCUCAACCGUACAUCGUUAACUAAACCAAAUAAUCCUAAGGAUUCACAGUUAAACGCAAUUAAAAAAACACUUCAAAGGAAAAAGUGGUCCGAUUUGGAUGCAGUCAACAGUGAUAAGGAAAGUUCAGACAGCAUUGAGUGGGAAAGUGAUGACGAUUUAACAUCUGAUCCAAACAAGAAAUAUAUAAGUACUGAAAUACUGUCGAAGUUGAAAUUCUCCAACCGUAAACCAAAUGAAAUGAAAACAGUUAAUGCAAAUCACAACAAAACAGUGGGGAAAUCCUUUACGAAAGGUGUACACUACUCUGAGGAAUCAUCUUAUCAAGACAGUGUUGAUUGUGAUUCGUCAGAUGAUAGUGGAUGCGGUUAUAGAUCUGAAAGCUAUGACACCUCAGACUCGGUUUCAUCUGAAUACAUUCGUAGUUCCCAACCAGUCCGUGAAGUUCUUAAACAAAAGACAAUUAAAACAGUUAAAAAGGAACAAGAAGAUUAUGCCACGUAUGAAUAUACUGAUUAUACUUGGGACGGUAGAUCGAGUAGGGAGUACUACGAUUACGAUUCUUCGGAUGAUCAUGGCUCUAAAGACAUAAAAAAUGUGAGAUUAAUGCCAAAAAAGCAAACAGAUAUGUAUGUUUUAAAAAGAAAAGAUGAUCAUAAUGACCAAAGCAGUGAAGAUAUUUAUGAUAAUGUGAGUUACGACAGCAGUUAUAGCGAUGGAUCCUAUAGUGCUGAUUAUCCGGAGUAUUAUUCAGACUCAAGUAAUUGGGAACAUUAUGAUGAUAGCGUAAUUUAUUCCCAGGAAGAGUUUUAUUAAAAGUGAUGUCUUGUGUUUAAAAUCAAAA